GUUUUUAAUCCUUGAUACAAGGCUAUACUGUUGCUCUCGUAUAGUGAGGUCUGUGGUUUACCAGUAACACGUCGCCAUGUCUAAAGAGACUCCUCGUGAACCAGAGCAGCUCCGCAAGCUCUUCAUUGGGGGGCUGAGUUUUGAGACAACGGACGAAAGUCUUCGGGCCCAUUUUGAACAAUGGGGCACCCUAACAGACUGUGUGGUGAUGAGGGAUUCCAACACCAAAAGAUCAAGAGGAUUUGGUUUUGUUACAUACAGUUCUGUUAGCGAAGUCGACGCAGCUAUGGAUGCUCGUCCACACAAAGUGGAUGGGCGUGCUGUUGAACCCAAGAGGGCAGUGUCACGAGAGGACUCAUGCAAACCAGGUGCUCACUCAACUGUUAAGAAGAUAUUUGUGGGUGGAAUCAAGGAAGACACUGAUGAAGAACACUUGCGUGAGUACUUCAGCCAGUUUGGCAAAAUUGAAGAAGUCAACAUCAUGACUGAGAAGAACAGUGACAAGAGAAGGGGAUUUGCCUUCAUUACAUUUGAUGACCAUGACUCUGUGGACCGGAUAGUCAUCCAGAAGUACCAUACAGUGAAUGGUCACAAUUGUGAAGUCAGGAAAGCGCUUUCCAGAGAAGAAAUGAACAGGGUCUCAAUGAACCAAAGGGGAGGCCGUGGAGGUGGUGGUGGAAACUUUGGUGGCAGAGGUGGAGGAUAUGGAGGUGGAUAUGGAGGUGGCCGAGGAGGAUAUGGUGGUGGCGAUGGAUACGGCAAUGGCUAUGGAGGAAAUGGAGGCUAUGGUGGAGGUGGUCCUGGCUAUGGUGGUAACCGUGGUUAUGGUGGUGGCGGUGGAGGUGGCUAUGGCAACCAGGGUGGUGGUGGCUAUGGAGGCGGAGGCUAUGACAACUACAAUGGUGGUGGAGGAGGGAACUUUGGAGGUGGCAACUUUGGAGGUGGUGGUGGUGACUAUAAUGACUUUGGCAACUACAACAACCAGUCAUCCUCAAACUAUGGCCCAAUGAAAGGAGGGAACUAUGGAGGGGGCAGGAGUGGUGGAGGCCCAUAUGGUGGUGGAUAUGGCGGUGGUUCUGGUGGUGGCUAUGGAGGAGGCUCUGGUGGGAGGAGGUUCUAGAUUUUCAAGGCCACAGUACUUAGGAGAGGAGAGCCAGAGAGAGAGGACAGGGAAAGGAGAGAAUGAAGGAAGCAGGUUUACACCUAGAUCUGCCCAGCCGAGCAGCAUGGCGGCAAUAUUAACGUCUGCCACGCGAAGAAACGUGUAUAAUAGGGGAGGCAAAUCAUGUGGGGAGGUUGGGUGGGCUGUGGGGUGGUGUGGGGAGGCAUGUGAGGUCCAUCAAUGUUUGUCAAAAGUACUCUUGUCCGCGAGGACGCUUAUUUGUUUGUAGCUUUCCCUUGUGUCUAUGAAGUGUAAAUCAUUCCAAUGAGGUUUUAGGCAGGAUUUUUUUUUUCUUUGUGUUUUGCAACCUUAGGGUUUUUUUAUGUAUACUGCCACCAAUCAAGACAAAAUAAACAGCUCUUGGUUUUUUUUUUUUUUUUAAUUUAACUGUGUUCCUUAGCGUUUUACUUGGUGAAUAGUGUGUCUCAGUACUGGCUUCUGUUGAAUGAUAGUGUUCCACAGAGAUGAACCUCUGCGUACACCUUUUGUGUGAACCUGCUCUUUAUCUUGAAAGUUGUAGUUGGGAAGGUUGCUAGAUUUAUGCAACCUUCUGUGAGUUCAGAUCAAAUCUAUGAAACUUGCUUUUCAGUAAGCAGAACUACACUGAAAAUUGCUGUUUAGUUUGCGUUUGAGUAUAGUGCUAAAUUACUUUGAAACAAUGAGAUGUUUACCAAUUUGCCUCUGUUUAGGUUUAUCUUAAGUUGUUUUUAGCUACAGUACUGUGGAUUUUGUUGCCAGUGCUGAGACUUGUAGCCCUCUCAUGAACAAAUAUAUAUUUUGAGUUUGGUUCCCCUUGCCAGCGGAGGCAAGCUCACAAUCAGACUAUCCAAUGAGGUACCAGCUGAGAUUCUAGCCAACGGAAGGAGCCAGCUUAAAGCCUAGCCAAUCAGAAGAGACAGCUGAUGAGCGAUCCAUCGAGAGGCUAGCCAUUGGAAAGAGCCAGCUGAGAGGCUAGCUAAUGGAAAUCGCCAGCUAAGGGAGAAAAGUAGCACGAUCUUCGCUGGGAGCAGGUGAAGCAGGGGACAGCAGUCUUAUUGAGAAAAUACUUGCUCAUGUAAGACUAGCAAGAGACAGCUACCGAAGUGAGGUAUUUUACGUACCAGACUGGUAGGUAAGAGGCAAAUGAGUUCUUUUUAUGUGAAUUAUUUUUUAAAUUGGGUAACAGUUUGGCUAUUUUCAUGGUUGGUCAAAUUUUUACUGCAUAAUACCAGUUUUUAAAGAACAGCUUAUCUUUGCUAGAGUAGUAAUUGGUGGUGCAUGAGACACCUAUGACUAGAACUGCAUAGUGCACUGAGCAGAACAUUUGAGUUUUUCCCUGGCUUGUUUUCUGAAUGAUAUUUUUCUUGUUUAACAGAACCAAAUGGAUGGAUUUGUUGUACCUCAGUGUGAACAGUCACGCAGGCGCCAGUAUGCACAACUAAUUUCCAUGUGAAGGCCAUUUCAAAUCUGGACCAACUGUCUGCUGGUGGAUGAUGUUUUCAUCUUUUGUUUUAUUGUGAAUUUUUUAAAAGGUUUUUUAAAUAAAGUUUUUAAGAUGAAACAAA